GCAGACUAACUGCCGCUCGGUCCUUCCACGGAGGGACAUGUUUCCGGGGGACUAGCUGAGGUAGCACAUCCUGUGUGCGCCGGGAUACCAGUCCGUGUUCAAGGCUUUAAUAGUUUUGUUUACAAAAUGGAUGAAUAUAAAGCCUGUAACCUGGACUAUUUUCCAGAAAACAUCUUAAUUGAUGUCUUGUCGUUUUUGAGCGUACGAGAGGUUGUCAGAGCCGGGAGAGUGUGUAAGAGAUGGAAACGUCUCGUUAAAGACCAAAGACUGUGGAGACUUGUGGAUCUGACUACAUGGAAAGGGGUAACAUCCCGCAUACUCUGGCUCCUGCUGCGUCAGUACCUGGGUUGUGGUCUACGGUGCCUGCGGUUGCGUGGUUUGCUUCUUUCUGCCCGAGGAGGAACCUUUCUGUCUGAGUCUUGGCUAAAAGCUUUGUCCACAAAGUGCCCUCGCCUGAGUAAGCUCUAUCUUCUGCACGCAGACCUGCGAGGCCUCCCCAGUUGCCAGCUCCUCCCUCCAUCUUUGCAGAUCCUGGAGCUGCGUGGCUGUGAGCUGCCGCGAGAAUUUUUCAACCAGACUUCCCUUGCUAGUUCCCAAGAAACACCAGAAGCCACAUCCAGUGUUGGUGCUCAACAGAAAAGAAGGGAUCAGAAAGGAAAAGGGCAAGCCUCUCCAUCAGGGAUUGGCAUUGAUACGUUAGUCCUCAACAACGUGCCCUCUUUCACAGACCAGCAUCUGCAGAGUCUGACAACAUGGGAGAGGCUCAGGCGCUUGGAGCUGCGCGACACCUUUCGUGUGACAGCAAACGGACUCAGGAGCAGUGCUGCCAAGGAGGGCGUCUGUGGUGUGGAAGGGCUCUCCAGACUCAAGUUUCUGGAAAUAGGCAUCACUGGGCGGCAAGGCUACCAGUUACAGAUGGCCUCCCUCGGGCUGGGGGCAGGAUGGCUGGGCCUGGAGGAGCUGAGUCUAGGGGGUAAGGAGGUGGGGCCGGGCCUGCUCUGCGCCAGCCGUCUGAAGGACCUGAAGUGUCUGUGCCUGUGGGCCUGCACGCUCAGCAAGAUGCAGAUAGUGCGGAGCUGCAGGAUGCUCCGUGGACUCCGCCGGCUGGAGUUUUUGGACGUGAUCUUCCAGCCUCCACAGUGUCCACCUGUAGUGGAGGGAGAGGGUGGUGGUGGUGUUGGUGGUGGAGGAGGAGAAGAGCAGGACAAUGAUGAAGCAGCAGGUGGAGAUAACAGCAAUGAUGAGAACAGGACACUAGAUGCAAACGAUCCCAUACCCAGUUUGCGUCGCUCACUGGCUGCCCUGCUGCCAUCAUGCACUGUAGUUUUCACCAACUGCUCUGUUCAGAUUAAUCCAGACUAAGUCUCUACUACUUCUUUAUACAGGUAGUAGCAAAUAGAGAUACAGUUCCCUUUCACAAAAGCAUAUGUCAUUUUAUGUAGCGUUAUAAAUACAACAAACAACUUCAGUUUUUAUUAUUGUGUCAUGCGUAUAUGUAUGACACGACAAUAUAUCACAAAUGAAGUAAAGCAGGUUCCAGAUAUCGGAAUCAGAUCUUUUAAUUUAAACAUUUUAAAAAGGAUCGCUGUCAAAACAUUUACUGUAUAAUACUGAUGAAAUUGUAAUAAACUAUACUGAAAAAAGUC